CCUGCUUCCUGUUGUAGUGGACAUAAUCACCCAAGUGCUACCAAGUGUUGAGACCCCAGGGGACAUGCUGGACUUUGCUUCUGCAUUAAAUACCCUUUCUACUGUAACAGGAAAUGGAGAUGAGACACUUCCUAAUAGUCUAUUGAAACAGGUAAAGGGCAGAGUAAAAACCAUCACAGACCUAAAGACAGUAACAAAAGCCAUUAAGGAACUAGAAAAAUUUAAAGGCAUCAAAGUUUCCUCUUUGAAGGAAGGCAGCUUGAUCUUCUACCUACAAUGUACAGACAUGUCUGGGUUGGGUGAUCUCUGGUUCAUGUACAAAAAUGGAGAACUGGACAACCUGCUGCACAGUAGUUUGGUAAGUGUGGAAACUCUACAACAACUCCACGCUGAGAGCAUCUCUGUGAAGUCAACCAUCAACAUAGAGGACUUCAGGAAGGCCUUGGUCCACAACCUUACAACACCUUCUACUAGAGGCAAACCCACAUCAAGACUACCCCAGGAGUACCCCCUCUACCAGCCACACACCCACACCACUAGCCGUGUGCUGGAUGUGCUUCAUCUGGAUGGUACAAGCCUGACAAGGUCUCCAGGGAAACAACAGGAGCUGCACAUCCCAUCCACUGCACAGACUGAGGACAGUGAGGAUCAUCUUGGGACCAAACUUGGUGAUCAGCCAGUAGCAGGUGCCAGUGUAUCACCUGUCAAAGGUGAUCAGCACAGAUCCACAGAUGUGCAGGAUGAACAGAUGACAUCUGAGCUGGCCUUGCACACUUCCGUUAGACCUAAAGACAUACAGAGACUAAGAGCAGGGAGCAAGUUGUCUACAGCAAGCAUUCGUUCAGGGGCAAGCCACGAAUCAACAAGAACUACACACUCAACAGGAACCAGUCAGUCAGCUGAUACUGGAUACGCCACUGCAAGCAUCUUGUCUGAGGAUGACAGAUCAUCUUUAAAAUCUGCUUUUAAAAUUAGAGAUGAUGAAGAUCCACAAGUCAACUUGAACCUUCUCGUUGCUGAACUUAACACACCUGCAGUAAAGAGAAACAAGCCGCAACAGUUUGAACUGUACUGUCAGAUAGGAGAUCUCUACAGGACAAAACUACACAACUUACAGUCAGCUCUGCAGUAUUACCAGAAUAUGUUAGAGUGUUCUCAGGAACUGUCAGAUAAAUCAAAACAAGCCAACGCCUACAGCAGACUUGGUGUAACAUAUGGAUUGUUAGAUGAACAAGAAAAGGCCUUUAGAUACAACAUGAUGGCUUUGAGUUUCCAUGACAUUAGGCUAGAAAGAGAUACUGACAUUUGUGUAGCUUACAAAAAGCUAGCCUCAUCAUUAGCACAGUCAGAUCAACAAGCGUCAGAUGCAAAAACUACCUAUGAAUCAGCCUUGGCUGUUGCCAUGGAGAUAGGAAACAAGACUCAACAGAUGGACAUUUACUUGGAGCUGGGUGAUUUACACAGGGAACAGCUACAUGAACCACAGAAAUCCCACAAGUACUACACAGAGAUGUUGGCACUAGCCAGGGACUUGGGGAGGAAGGACAAGGAGAGGCAAGCUUACAACAGACUGGGACUGGCUUGUGGGGACAUGCAGGAUUAUGAGACAGCUUUGGAGUGGCAUCAAAAGGACCUGAAUAUGAGCCAAGAAAGUGGAGACAAGACUGAACAGAUAGCAGCACAUCAAAACAUAGCUGAUUCCUACAUGACACUGGGUAAACUGGACCUGGCCAGAUCUCACUAUCAAUCAGCAAAGACCAUCGCCAUGGAGACAGCAAACAAGACUAGACAGAUGGACAUUUACUUGAAGUUGGGUGAUUUACACAGGAAACAGCUACAUGAACCACAGGAAUCACACAAGUACUACACAGAGAUGUUGGCACUAGCCAGGGACUUGGGGAGGAAGGACAUGGAGAGUCUGGCUUACAACAGACUAGGACUGGCUUGUGAGGACAUGCAGGAUUAUGAGGCGGCUUUGGAGUGGAACAAGAAGUAUCUGAAGAUGAGCCAAGAAAGUGGAGAAAAGACUGAACAGAUGACAGCAAAAACAAACUUAGGUGCUUCCUACAAGGCACUGGGUAAACUGGACCUGGCCAGAUCUCACUAUCAAUCAGCAAUGACCAUCGCCAUGGAGACAGGAAACAAGACUAGACAGAUGGACAUUUACUUGGAGCUGGGUGAUUUACACAGGGAACAGCUACAUGAACCACAGGAAUCACACAUGUACUACACCGAAAUGUUGGCACUAGCCAGGGACUUGGGGAGGAAGGACAAGGAGAAUCAAGCUUACAACAGACUGGGACUGGCUUGUUGGGAAAUGCAGGAUUAUGAGGCAGCUCUGGAGUGGUCCAAGAAUUUCCUAAAGAUGUGCCUAGAAAGUGGAGACAAGACUGAACAGAUAACCGCACAUCAAAACAUAGCUGCUACCUGCAUGGCACUGGGUAAACUGGACCUGGCCAGAUCUCACUAUCAGUCAGCAAUGACCAUCGCCAUGGAGACAGGAAACAAACAAAAACAGGAGGACAUUGCCAUGGAGCUGGCUAAUCUGUAACAAUACCAUUGUAAUGGACAGUAAGCAGGCUACGUACAUAUAUGUAUAGUAGUAAAACUGUAACAUUACCAUGUAAUUCAGUCCAGUUACAGCACAAAACUCCAGGACCUGUACUUCAUCAACAGGCAAAUGCUUUCUUUAGCAACAGGUAACAAAAACAAGUAACUUAGUGUGAAUAUACGUUGUGAAGAUUUCAUAAUUUUCUGGUGCUGACAUUAACCUCAAAUUACAGUUGGAUAAACAGAUGUACUACAUGUACAUGUAUUAGUAUUAGGCCAUGUUCCCUUUAUUAUUAAAAUUAUUCAGAUCGAGCCAAGCUGAUUCAAAGCCAGACCAAAGCAAAUCAAUUCAGCUCUACCUAGACAAUUUAAUCCUAGUGGGAAUGGGGCCCUGGUCACUUUCACUAGUUUUAGUAAUAAAAACUAUCAUGAUACCUCAGACUCUACAAUGUAUGUUUAAGGCCACACCGAUUCAUAUUAUUUCUUUGAAAUUCUUACUUUUUUUAAUAAAAAAGGAGGAAUUUGACAGCUUUACAACUGACAAAAUAUAAACUAUUGAUGUUAAUAUUUGUUUGUUUGCGCCUUUAUCCAUACUCGAUAAAAUUAAUACUGAUUACAUGUAUUAAGAUACUCAUUUCUAUGACUUGUAUGAGUUCAUACUCUCCAACCAACAAUUAUAGUCUUAUCUAACCAGAGAAACCCAAUAGUAUUUAAUGCAUUUAACCAGAAUUAGGCAAAUGUACAUGUGGUACUGAUUUGAAUUGAAUGUUUAUAAAUGAUAUUUACACCAAGUUACACUGUACUAAUGCUGCAAAUAUAAAACAGUUACACUAUUUUUUUCUAUCAAUUUUGUAUUUCUUGUUUUAUUCACAAGAUUUAAAAAUCUGAAGUUCUCCUACAGUACCAAAACAAGCCGAAUACUCCAGGAAGCCAAAAAUCUAAAUCAUUUUGAGGUCUAAUCAAGUAAUAGACCUUCCCA